AUGGUGCGUAUUCGUACCCCAAUUGUGGUCCAAGACGUUGACACCGGUGCUCUCAAGGAAGUUGAAAAUAUCGGGUUACAUAUCAUCGUUGUCGGCGCAGGUUUGGCUGGUCUUUCUGCUGCAGUAUCAUGCGCGUUAGCCGGCCAUUCUGUCACCGUCCUGGAGGCAGCAAAGGAACUUGCAGAGGUUGGCGCUGGCCUUCAAGUUACCCCUAAUGGCUCGCGCCUUCUCAAAAUCUGGGAUCUUCCUCAAGCCAUGUGGGACCAGGCAGCUGAACCAACACAGUUGACUGUACACCGAUAUUCCGGGGCAGUGCUGGCCCGUGAGGUUGACUUCGAUAAGAAUAUUCGAAGAAAAUAUGGGGUGCCUUUCGUUGAUCUACAUCGAGUUGACUUGCAGCAAGCCUUGUACGAGCGAGCUCAGCAGUUGGGAGUGAAAGUCCAUCUGAACGAACGCGUACAACAUGCCGAUCUCUCGGUGCCGUCGCUAACUACUACUUCGGGGCACGAAUAUCACGGUGACCUAAUAGUUGGAGCCGAUGGCUUGUGGUCACGAACUCGUGAAUGCUUUCUAGGGACUGCUGAUCCGCCUAAGCCGACAGGGGACCUGGCAUAUCGAAUCGUUCUAUCUUUGGUUCAGAUCAAAGAGCCAGCUUUACAAGAAUGGGUUAGCCAUCCAGAAGUCCACUUUUGGAUUGGACCUAAAUCUCACGCUGUUGGAUACUCCUUAAGGGCUGGUAGAAUGUAUAAUCUCGUGUUGCUUGUACCAGAUGAUUUACCUCCGAAUAUCACCAAGCAACCUGGAAAUGUCGAAGAAAUGAAAUUGCUGUUCGAAGGCUGGGAUCCCGUUCUCACUCAGCUUCUAGGCUACGUUGACAGAGUUGACAAGUGGAAACUGAUGCAUAGAGAGGAGCUGUCAUCUUGGAUUAACGAAGCCGACAAUUUUGUCUUAAUAGGCGAUUCCUGCCAUCCCAUGCUUCCAUAUCUUGCACAGGGCGCUAAUUCGUCCAUGGAGGAUGGAGCGGCCCUGGGGACGAUCUUAAAGUCCGUCACAAAGAAGGAGCAACUUCCAAAUGCGUUGCAUAUGUUUGAAAAACUUCGAAAAUUAAGGAGUGAGGCUAUAGCUAGGGAGACAUUCAAGCAGGAUGGCCCUGACCAGGAAGCACGAGACGAGAUAUUCAUAUCACAACUCGCCAAAAGAAUCACUGGUGCUUUUCCCAGCCGAUGGACGUGCCCGGUUGUCCAACCAUGGAUAUAUGGAUAUGAUGCGAUAGCCGAAGCCGAAAAAGUGCUCAAAAGCAACGGGCUCCACAAAAUUAAGGAAGAUUCCCUGCCUAAGACAAAGUCCUUGGUUCAAGAUGAAGCGGUCAAGGGGAAAUUUAUCAUGGGCAUUUGA